AGUUUUUUUGUUGUUGUUUUAAAAACAUGCACAACCUUUGGGAAUUACAAUUAAUGCAAUCAAAAGACGUAUCCGAGCUAGAAUAAUAUGGUGUUUUACACAAUCCGGGGCAGAACUAUAGUUCCAGCCAAAUGUUGAUGAGAGCUGUACCAUUACUCACUUCUUCAAUUUGUGCCCAUUCUUCCGAGAAAACCGGGCUGGUCAUUCCAGUCCAAAGGUUGAUGCAUACGCUGCUGGCGCUGCUCAGGAUCAUGCAGCUGUGGGAUAGAUGUCAUGUCUACUGGUACACUGGUGGUUAAGACAUUGUUUGGAGUUUGCAAGGUUUGUCCAUUGGGUAAUCAAUGAGUUCAGUCCGUUAUUUAUCAAAUUGCUUGUGUACAAUACACUCCGUUGAGAGGCUUGUACAACAUCUUAAGUGGUUGUGAAAGAUGGGGAGGAAUCACACAGGAUACAUAUGAAGACUGAUCCGGCCAGGGCAGACAGGAAGGGAACCAGUUAAAGUCACAAUCAUAGAGAAGAGACAUUGGGAAUCAGUGAGUAAAGAAAAAGGGAGAGUAAUUGGAUCAUUUAUACAUCUGGGUUAUAACCUGGAGGAAGGUGCUAGACAUCAGUCCAACCCUAACCAGUUUAGCAGGUUAAAGACGUGACUCAAGAUCAGACAAAUUCAGAAUCACUGUUGAAUCAAGAUCAAGAACCGACAAGUUAACCUGCUGCAAAUCAGUGAGUAAAGAAGAAAGAAAAAUCCUUAUUUGGCUUGUUGAUAAACAAGGAGAAAGAACUAUAGACAUUCAAAAGUGAAAUGGCACAGCAAGGAAAUCUCAUGGAAUCAGCAAAAUACUCUUGUUCGAUCUGUUUGGAUCUACUGAAGGACCCAGUGACUGUGCCCUGUGGACACAGUUACUGUAUGUACUGCAUUAAAGACCACUGGGAUGGAGAAGAUGAGAGGAGAAACCACAGCUGCCCUCAGUGUAGAGAGACUUUCAUACCAAGGCCUAUCUUAAAGAAAAACAUCAUGUUAGCAGAGUUGGUGGAGGAUCUGAAGAAGACUGGACUUCAAGCUGCACCAGCUGAUCACUGCUAUGCUGGACCUGAAGAUGUGGCCUGUGAUGUUUGCACUGGGAGGAAAAUUAAAGCUGUCAAAUCCUGUCUGGUAUGUUUGGUGUCUUAUUGUCAGAGUCAUGUCCAACCUCACUAUGAGGUACCUACACUACAGAAACACAAACUGGGGGAUCCCUCCAAGAAACUUCAGGACAACAUCUGCCCACAUCACGAGGAGGUAAUGAGGAUCUUCUGCCGCACAGAUCAGCAGUGUAUCUGUUAUCUCUGCUUAAUGGAUGAACAUAAAGACCAUGAAACCGUCCCAGCUGCAGCAGAAAGGGCUGAGAAGCAGAAGAAGCUCCAGGAGAGUCGACAACAAAUCCAGGAGAGAAUCCAGGACCAAGAGAAAGAUGUGAAGCUGCUUCAACAGGAGGUGGAGGCCAUCAAUGUCUCUGCUGAUAAAGCAGUGAAGGACAGUGAGAAGAUCUUCACUGAGCUGAUCCAUCUCCUCCAGGAAAGAAGCUCUGAUGUGAAGCAGCAGAUCAGAUCCCAGCAGGAAACUGAAGUGAGUCGAGUCAAAGAUGUUCAGGAGAAGCUGGAGCAGGAGAUCACUGAGCUGAAGAGGAAAGACGCUGAGCUGGAGCAGCUCUCACACACAGAGGAUCACAACCAGUUUCUCCUCAACUACCCCUCACUGCCAGCACUCAGUGAGUCUACACACUCAUCCAGCAUCAACAUCCGUCCUCUGAGAUACUUUGAGGACGUGACAACAGCUGUGUCAGAGAUUACAUAUUUACUGGAGGACAUUCUGAAAGACACAUGGACAAACAUCUCACUGACGAUCACUGAAGUGGAUGUUUUGCUCUCAGAACCAGAACCAAAGACCAGAGCUGGAUUCUUAAAAUAUUCACAAGAAAUCACUCUGGAUCCAAACACAGCAAACAGAUUUCUGUUAUUAUCUGAGGCGAACAAAAAAGUCACAGCAAUGAAAGAAGAACAGUCAUAUCCUGAUCAUCCAGGCAGAUUCACAGAUUCAUUUCAGGUUCUGAGCAAAGAGAGUCUGACUGGACGUUGUUACUGGGAGGUGGAGUGGAGAGAAGGAGGAGUUAAUGUAGCAGUUUCAUACAAGAACAUCAGCAGAGGAGGUUCAAAUGAAUGUUUAUUUGGAGUCAAUGACAAAUCUUGGUCAUUUAGUUGUGACACAGACAGUUACACAUUUUUGCACAACAAAGUUCAAACUCCAGUAUCAGGUCCAGUUUCCUCCAGAAUAGGAGUGUACCUGGAUCACAGAGCAGGUAUUCUGUCUUUCUACAGCAUCUCUGAAACCAUGACUCUCCUCCACAGAGUCCAGACCAGAUUCACUCAGCCUCUCUAUGCUGGAGUUGGGCCUUUCUUUAAUGGGGAUUCAACCGAGUUUGUCAAACUCAAAUAGUGACACUGAGACAUCAGUCACUAUUUCGUUGGAUAAGGAUCAACUUGAUUGUAGAAAUUAAUGAAAAAAUCUGAAUUUUUUUCAGAUUUUAGAGGUUUUAAAUUCAGCUGCAUAUGCGUAUGCACAGUGAUAAAAGUGGCAGGUUUGUUUUUGUGACCUUGAGUUUUGAAAGGCGCCCUCAAAUAAAAUGUAUUAUUUUCUGCCUGCCUUUCUAAAGUUUGAUUUUGAAUCAGUAGAUAUGAUAGGAAUUAAUUCUCAUAAAUUGUCAGGAAAAACUCAAGCUCAUAAAGUAACAAAACAAAAGCAAUAUAUUUGUCCAUGUGUUUAGGUGUGGAAACAUUACUGUACUUAACAAAACUGAUACCUUCAAUGUAUGCUGGUUCAAUAUUUUCACAGAAUCAUGACUAUUAUGUUUUUCUAUUAUUUUGUUCUGUUCAUUGGUGAUCAUUUCAUGUCUCUUGUAAUUAUAGCUACUGACUGCUGCAAACGAUCAAACACAUUUACCAUUCUAUAAGACUGAACCAUUGUUUUAAUUAAUCCAUGUGCUCAUGAAUACAUGCAGAGAACCAUUAAGAAUAUUCUGAGUAUUUAUAAAAUGUGAUCAUUCUGAUUUCAACAACUGAUGGUAAGCUAAUAAAGAUGGUUGAGACAACC